CGACCACCUCGGGACAUCCGCGGUACUUGCGGGAAAAAGGCGUCACUGUUUCUGCUGCGCCCCUCUCCCUUUCCAGGUGAAAAAUGGAGCCGGACAACGAUCCCGACCGACGCGAAGAGACGUCGACGGCUCAGCAUUGCCGGGUCGACGAGUCCGCCUUCGCUCGGGUGCCUCGAGCUCCCGAGAUCCCAAUUUACGCGGUGAUGAUUGCAUGCAGUAAAGAUCCCAGCCCAGUGAAACUGAACCUGGGUAUGGGUGUUUACAGGACGGAGGAUGGCAAACCUCUUCUUCUAAAUGUGGUUAGAAAAGCGGAAGAGCUCCUUUUUAGUGACAAGUCCGCUAAUAAAGAAUACUUGCCAAUUACUGGACUGACAGAAUUUAGGGAACUGAGUGCUAAGCUAAUAUUUGGUACAGACAGCCCUGCAAUUACAGAAAAUAGAGUGACCACCGUGCAAUGUUUGUCUGGGACUGGCUCAUUGAGGAUUGGUGCCGAUUUCUUAGCAAAAUAUUAUUACCAGUCCACAGUAUACCUUCCUGAGCCAACAUAUGGUAACCAUCCAAACUUCUUCAUAGCAGCUGGGCUUUGCUUGAGGACUUACCGCUAUUAUGAUCCAGUAACAAAAGGGCUAGACUUCCAAGGUAUCUUGGAAGACCUUGCUUCUGCCCCAUUGGGAGCUGUUGUGCUACUCCAUGCUUGUGCACAUAAUCCGACCGGUGUUGAUCCAACAGUUGAGCAGUGGGAGGAGAUCAGACAGAUUAUCAGAUCAAGAGGGUUGCUUCCAUUCUUUGAUUGUGCUUAUCAGGGUUUUGUAAGUGGAAACCUAGAAGAUGAUGCACAAGCUGUGAGAAAGUUUGUUGCUGAUGGUGGCGAAUGCCUUGUUGUCCAGUCCUACUCAAAGAACAUGGGACUCUAUGGAGAACGAGUUGGUGCACUCAGUGUAGUUUGCAAGACUGCAGAUGUGGUAACCCGAAUUGAGAGUCAGUUGAAGCUUCUCAUUCGACCCAUGUAUUCAAAUCCUCCAAUUCAUGGCGCUGCCAUUGCAGCUACCAUCUUAAAAGACAGGAAUUUGUUCAAUGAAUGGAAACUUGAGGUGGAGACAAUGACUAAACGGCUCACAUGCAUGCGGGAGCAAUUAUUUGAUGCUUUACAUGAAAAAGGGACCCCUGGUGACUGGACGCAUAUCCUCAAGCACGUCGGUUUGUUUACAUUCUCAGGGUUGAAAGAGGAGCAAAUUGCUUUCAUGACAAGGGAAUUCCAUGUCUAUAUGUCAUCUGAUGGGAGGAUCAACAUGGCGGGACUGAGCGCCAAUACGGUCCCUCACCUUGCAAACGCAAUACAUGCCGCUGUUACUCAGAUACAAUGACUAGUCCGCAAAAUGGCCCUCCUGGUUAGACUAUCCUACUUAUCCAUCAAACAAGAAACUCAAGCUUCCGAUGUAAAUGCCUCUAGGGACACAUCGAGAGAUGUUCGAUGGCUGUUUGGUACUUAUAUUCAGAGGUCGUGUCGAUUCUUACAAGUAUAUGGUGUUGCAAUCUGAUCUCCCAUGAAUUCGACAAGCAUGUAGGAGCUGGAAGAACAGUACUCUUAGCAUUACACCAUCUAUAACCAACAAGAUGGUUUGCUCUUCAAGUAAUGAAAGAUGCUGUGGUAGUCAAUAGUCAGUUAUAAGCCUAGAGAAAGGGGCUGAUGUUAUUGGCACCAAUGAUUAUUUCCACCGUGGGGAACUGUGGAAUCACGCUCAAUAAUGUUCUAUUUUGUUUGCACUUUACCUAAUGAACUUUUGCCUUUUCAAA